GAAUAACCCCGCUCUUCACCGAACGGACCCCUAAAGAGGUCUGGGGGUGCGCACGGUGAUGGACUCAAUAUAGCUGGUGAAUGACAGACAGCGAGAGUCGAUAAUGGACUUUCCGGCUCUCGUGUUUGUGAACGGACUCGCGGUUCGAGCACUGCAUUGACAUGGGCUCUACGGUUAUACACGGCUAUAUACCUAUCCUAAUCAAAACGAUGCGUGUCUUUUCCAAAAUGGACCGUUUUGGGCACUGUGGAAAACGGACAGGAAAGCCUGUCUCAUUUCGUUCACUCGUCAGAAGACUUCACCUGCUACAUGUCGUUGCAGUAUACUCUGCCUCUGAGCAGAUGCCACGCCAUCUCGUGGUCUUUGUUGCCUUCUUUUCUUUUUUGAUUCUGGUUUCCCGCUCAAAAUCGUUAGUCUCCAGCCCUAUGACUCCAGAUAGAUCACAACGGACCACCCGGGAAAAGACCAAGGGGUUGUAGUGUUGUCUCCGCUACCGGGGAGAACAUAGUGAUCAACCAGAAUUUUGCCGCCCAGCAUCUCCGUGCUCCUGCCACCAGCCAGUCGAUCAUCGUAUGUUCUUCAAAUAUUUCAAAAAGAUGGACGAC